GUGCUGCACUGCAACGGGAGAGUUGAUAAUUAGAACAGAAUCUCGUUUUCGCGAUUUUUUUUUCGAAACAAUUUGUAUAUUAUUCCAGUUACUAUUGUGCCAUUUGUAGUAUCAAAUCGUGUAGAUAUAUGUAUGUUAGCAAAUGUUUGGAGACCUUGAAAAUAAAAUAAGUGCCGAACAAGUGAAGUGAAAAUAUCAAAACAAAGUAAUCAGCAAACUAAAACAAAGCAUUCAUUAUCGUCUAUAAGACGCACACCAGCAGCGCCCGAAAGCGAUCAUUUCGAUGUAUGUACUGUGAUUAGCAAUGUUCUCCCAGCUUCAAGUAAUUUGUAAAAUCUGAACGGGCGAGUAAUGUUAGACAGAUUGCUGACAUUUCCGACAGCCUAUCUCGCCGAGCGAUUGUCGCAGGUGUUUUCAAGCCACUUUUUUUUUGUUGUGAAUUGAGCAUAAAUUGAGUUGGCGAAAAAAAGAGAGUGAAAAAAAAAUAUAUAUUUUUCAAGAUCAGUUCAGAUUGCGAGGAGUUCAAAUCUGUGUGAAUUAAAACGCUCUUUGCAGUGAUUUUUUUUACUCUCACUCUCUUACUCGCUCUCUAUUCGCACAUUAAAUUGUUUAAUCUCGAUUACUGUUCUUUAAUGAUGUUUACAACGCAUAAGCUUUAUCUCGUAUUAAAAUUGUGCUUUUCUGCGCAUUUUGCUCUAGAAACACUUUUGGCGACAUCCGCUGCUGAAAUCGAGGGCAAUGCAUGUGAAAUCAAACAAGGUGUGUUUGGACAAUGCGCGUUACCACGUGAUUGUCCUGAUAUUGCCAAGCGAAUGCAAAAUCUCGGACUUACGAAAGCCGAUGUGAAACGUUGUGGUUUUACGAUCUAUGAAGAGAUCAUCUGCUGUCCCAUCGUAAACGAUCGCACUUUGCUGGGCAUCUUUAAUACCACAGAUGAUUUUCUAAGAGGCGACAAUAACUCAAAUGGUGCCAACGCAACACGUGGUGACUUCGGCGGCACUCAAGACCGAAAAGCAAAAAAAGCUUGUCGCCUACUAGAUGACUACGCCGAGCCUUACACCGUGCCACAUAUAUUAGGCGGCUCACCGGUGGCACCGGGCGAAUAUCCACAUAUGGCUGCAAUUGGCUAUGCGCCGAUCAAUCCACAAAACUCAACAUAUGAGUUCCGCUGUGGUGGUACACUAAUCGACAAACGUUUUGUGCUCACAGCGGCGCAUUGUGUCAAUCGACCGGACAGCAAACCGAUUAUUGUACGUUUGGGUGCAACGGAUUUCAAUAAUCCCGAACAGAUGAAAAAUGCAAUCGAUGUGCCAAUUGAGGCUCUCUACCCACACAUGAAUUACCGGAAUUUGGAAAAGUAUGAUGAUAUUGCCAUAAUAGAGCUGAAAAAUGAUGUUGAAUACUCUUCUCUAGUAUUUCCAGUUUGCCUACACACAGAUCUAGCUGAUCCGCCACCGACAGUGACGCUCAAUGUAACCGGUUGGGGCGUCACUGAUUUGAAAACACGUCAAAAGUCGAAUGUUCUCCUAAUGGCUAGCGUCAAGGCUAUUUCAAUAGAGAACUGCAGUAAGGCAUAUGCGCGCAGCAGUUUCUUACCAAGUCGUGGUAUUUUGCCCACACAAAUUUGCGCCAGCGAUCCGGAUUUCAUUAGUGACGCCUGUUGGGGUGAUUCUGGUGGACCGCUCAAUCUCAUCAUUGACAAAAAGUAUCGAAAAAUGAAUGUGAUUGGCAUUGUGUCGGCCGGUGAUGGUUGCGCUAGCGUCACUCCCAGUCUUUAUACAAGAGUUGCGGCAUAUCUGGACUUUAUUGAGGACAUUGUUUGGAAGAAUCUGUGACGUUGCCAAGGAAUAUUUGUACAUAAAACAUUGGUUUAAGUGCUUAUGAGCUUAAAAGUUAUUUUUAAUUUAAAGAGUAUCAUACCUUAAAGCAGUUUGGGAGAG